UUGACUUGGGGGCGUGGCUUAUGAAUAGCUAUGAGCACGGCUGUAGUUGUUAUGGUUAUGCGUAAUUAUUCAUAACGCUGCCUGGUGAUUGGCUGGGAUGUCUGAUUAAUUAUUAACAAGCCACUUGGCGGGCUUUCGAGGGAGUACUACGCAUAGGCCAGGCAGAAGGAGCCGGGGGGUGGGGCUAUGCUGAUGAGGCGGGUGCAGGAGGCCGGGGCAGCAGGGAAAAUGGCGGCGGAGCGGAGCCGUUCGCCCAUUGAGGGCUUCCCGGUACCGGCCUGUAUGUUCGCGCCGGAGCCCAGCUCCCCCGGCGGGGCGGCCCAGGCGACAGCCUCCGCCCGACCCCACCGCGCCGCCUUCGGCUCGGACUGCAGCGAGGACGGGGAGGUGCUCAACGGGGAGCCCGAGCUCGACCUCACCAGCAAGUUGGUGAUGGUGAGUCCGACAUCGGAACAGUAUGACAGUCUGCUCCAGCAGAUGUGGGAGAGAAUGGAUGAGGGAUGUGGGGAGACCAUCUAUGUAAUUGGACAAGGAUCAGAUGGGACUGAAUAUGGUCUGAGUGAGGCAGAUAUGGAAGCAUCCUAUGCCACAGUGAAGAGCAUGGCAGAGCAGCUUGAGGCAGAUGUGAUACUUCUGCGGGAGCACCAGGAGGCAGGGGGCAAGGUGCGCGACUACCUUGUUCGGAAACGUGUGGGUGACAACGACUUCCUGGAGGUCAGGGUAGCAGUGGUGGGCAAUGUGGAUGCAGGAAAGAGCACAUUGCUGGGUGUCCUGACGCAUGGUGAGCUGGACAAUGGCCGGGGCUUUGCACGGCAAAAGCUCUUCCGCCACAAGCAUGAGAUCGAGUCGGGUCGUACCAGCAGUGUGGGCAAUGAUAUCUUGGGCUUUGACAGUGAGGGCAAUGUGGUGAACAAGCCUGACAGCCAUGGUGGCAGCCUGGAGUGGACCAAAAUCUGUGAGAAAUCCACCAAGGUCAUCACUUUCAUUGACUUGGCUGGGCAUGAGAAGUACCUGAAGACCACAGUCUUUGGCAUGACUGGUCACCUACCAGAUUUCUGCAUGCUUAUGGUUGGCAGCAAUGCUGGGAUUGUUGGGAUGACCAAGGAGCACCUGGGCCUAGCGCUGGCACUCAAUGUUCCAGUCUUUGUCGUGGUGACAAAAAUCGACAUGUGUCCUGCCAACAUCCUGCAAGAAACUCUGAAGCUGUUACAGCGACUUCUGAAGUCCCCAGGGUGCAGGAAGAUCCCGGUGCUGGUUCAGAGCAAAGAUGAUGUCAUUGUAACAGCCUCCAACUUCAGCUCAGAGAGGAUGUGCCCAAUUUUCCAGAUUUCCAAUGUCACUGGUGAGAAUCUGGAGUUGCUUAAGAUGUUUCUCAAUCUCCUGUCUCCCCGAACAAGUUACAGGGAGGAAGAGCCAGCAGAAUUUCAGAUAGACGACACUUACUCUGUACCGGGUGUGGGAACAGUUGUGUCUGGGACAACCUUGAGAGGCCUGAUCAAGCUAAAUGACACUUUGCUUCUGGGUCCAGACCCCUUGGGCAACUUCCUGACCAUUGCUGUCAAGUCCAUCCACCGCAAACGCAUGCCUGUGAAGGAGGUGCGUGGUGGCCAGACUGCCUCCUUUGCUCUGAAAAAGAUCAAGCGUUCCUCCAUCCGGAAAGGCAUGGUGAUGGUGUCCUGCCGGUUGAAUCCACAAGCAUCCUGGGAAUUUGAAGCAGAGAUUCUGGUGCUGCAUCAUCCCACCACCAUCAGCCCACGUUAUCAGGCCAUGGUGCAUUGUGGCAGUAUCCGCCAGACAGCCACUAUCCUCAGCAUGGACAAGGACUGCCUACGGACAGGGGACAAAGCUACAGUGCACUUCCGCUUCAUCAAGACCCCUGAAUACUUGCAUAUAGACCAGCGGCUGGUCUUUCGUGAGGGCCGUACCAAAGCAGUGGGUACUAUCACCAAGUUACUCCAGACCACCAACAACUCUCCAAUGAACUCCAAGCCCCAGCAGAUCAAGAUGCAGUCAACAAAAAAGGGACCCCUUACGAAACGAGAGGAUGGUGUGCCCCAGAGUGGGACAGCAGCUGCGGGGGCCCUGGUGGGGGAUGAUGCCACCUCAUCCGGAGCAACACCAGCAGUACCUUCUAGUGCCCUGCAAGCACAGUCGAAGGUUGGAGGAGGAGGCCGGCGACGUGGGGGCCAACGCCAUAAAGUGAAGUCUCAGGGGGCUUGUGUGACUCCCGCCAGUGGCUGCUGAAUAUCUUUUUUUCCCCCACCCUCUGAGGAAUUCUCCCCCUCCCUCCAUUUCUUAGCCAAGACGUCCAGAGCAGCUUAAACCAAAACCCAUCCAGCUGAUCUGCUGCAGAAGAACCAUCCCUCCCAAGGAAUGACAGAGGGGUUGUAACUUAUAAUAAGCUAAUGAAGGUGACAAGACUCGUGGAACUGAUCAACUGACACCUUCCUACUCCCUCUACCCCAACACACUUUUGUACAACCUGGGCUCUUAGUCUUUAUUAUAUUAUGUGUGCAUGAAGAUGAGAGGAAAAUCCAGAUAUAUUGGAGAAGAGCCAUUUGGCUGCUUCCCUUUCCCCAUCUGGUCCUGUCUGUUUAACCUUCUACACUGUCCCCAGUCCAUUGGCAUUAGAAGACCUGAAAUUCCAGGGUUAAAAUGUGCUGAAUGGUGGGUGGUUAUAGGGGGCAGCAAUUCCUCACUCUCCGGAAAGGUGCCAAAUGAGUUCUGGACUCUCCCUGUCUUAAACUGUUUUUAAAUGGGUUAAUUUUAAUGUGGCAGUGACUGCAAUUUGGAGGGGGAUGCAGAAAACUGAACAGAUGGACCUUAAAGAGGAAGGUGAAUUCAAGAGAGAUCCUUGACCUUAAAUAGGUAUGUUUAAAUUUUUUUUCUUAAUACUUCUCCCUCUCCUCCCUAAAUAUAAGGCCAAUAGCUGUUACAACUUUAAUCAGAGGUGGGAUUAAGUACAGAGGUUACUUGCCCAUCUCAUCCUCCUUCCUCUUCUAACCUCUGUUCAAUGCAUGCUGGAACAACUCUUACCCACCCCUCAAGGUCCUGGCGGCAGAGUGACAUAGUGAGAAUGUUUCCAGACUGCUCUGUGGUGCAGGAACACUGUGUAGCCUGUGACCAGCAUAAGUCUCCCCUGUGACUAGACAGUGAUCACAAGUGGGAUAGCCUUUUUGGGCCUGGAGACUGAAAACAAAUGCCACCCUCAUUUGACUUUGCCUGCUCCAAGUGCUCCCUUCUCUCCUGGAACUCUCAGGCCAAGCUUUGCUAUGGCAGUGGUAACAGUGGUCAGUCCCACUCUUUGCAGAAGGGGGAAGUGAUUAGUUGAUACCAACCUUAGGGAAGCACUUUCAGCCUGGGAAGCCCAUGGAGAUUU